CUUAACCUCUCUGUCUCUCACACAAGCACGCACGCACGCACAAGCUGCGACCUGUGCGCCGUCUCGCCGGAGCUUGCCGUUCGAACCGUCGUACGUUGCACGAGCCGGCCAUCCGGGUUUGCUUGUGCGCUCCUGUGACAUGACGACGAGCCAGGACGUGGUCGUUUCGGAGAUGGGCAUUGGGGCGGGCGGGGCGGCGAUGCCUGGCUCCGGCGCCACGGGCCUCUUCGCGUGCCGGAGCGCCGCCAGCGCAGCCGGAGCCAUGUCCAUGCGGCAGACGUACCUCGACCUUGCUGCCGCCGCGGCGCGCUCCGCGAGCUGCACCUGGGUCGACGCCAUGCGCGCCUCCUCGCCCACCCGCUCCCGCGCCGGCGCCGCCGCCGCCGCCUCCGACGUCGACGAGCUCACGGCCUGGAUGAGGAAGCACCCGUCGGCGCUGGGCAAGUUCGAGCAAAUCGCAGCCGCGUCCAAGGGGAAGAAGAUCGUCAUGUUCCUGGACUACGACGGCACCCUCGCGCCCAUCGUCGCCAACCCCGACGCCGCCUACAUGAGCGACGCGAUGAGGGCUGCGGUGCGCGACGUCGCGAAGCACUUCCCGACGGCGAUCGUCAGCGGGCGGUGCCGCGACAAGGUGUACAACUUCGUCGGCCUCUCCGAGCUCUACUACGCCGGCAGCCACGGCAUGGACAUCAAGGGACCGAGCUCCAAUCCCGAGUCUGUCCUAUGCCAACCUGCAAGCGAGUUCCUCCCCGUGAUCGAUGAGGUGUACAAGCUGCUGGUGGAAAAGACCAAGUCCACACCUGGAGCCAAUGUGGAGAACAACAAGUUCUGCCUGUCCGUCCAUUUCAGAUGUGUUGAUGAAAAGAGAUGGAACUUCCUGGCGGAGCAGGUCAAGGCCGUGAUCAAGGACUAUCCCAUGCUGAAGCUCACGCAAGGGAGGAAGGUCUUCGAGCUGAGGCCGAGCAUCAUGUGGGACAAGGGCAAGGCCCUGGAGUUCCUGCUGGAGUCGUUGGGCUUCGCCAACUCCAGCGACGUCCUGCCGGUGUACAUCGGCGACGACCGCACGGACGAGGACGCCUUCAAGGUGCUGAGGAAGAGGGGCCAGGGCGUGGGGAUCCUGGUGACUAAGUCCGCCAAGGAGACCAGCGCCUCCUACUCCCUCCAGGACCCCGGCGAGGUCAUGGAGUUCCUGCUCCGGCUCGUCGAGUGGAGCCGAAUCAGGUCGUCGUCGCCGGCCAUGAUCCGGCCGCGAGUGUAACGUGCUAGCCAGUAGAGAUCGAUCUAGGACGCGAUGGACACCGGUCAAUCGGUCGAUCCCAAACAUCGGUGUCCAAUCCAAUCAUGCAAACAUACCCCACCGUGCACCUACAUUUUUCUCUCUGAUGAUUUCUGUGGUGGUCACCGAGAGAGGACGACGAGCUAGCUGGGGGAGCUCCAGCACGCACUGUGGGAGCUGCGGCAAGCAAGCGUGCGCGCACAGCUACUUCCCCGGCACUACUACUACUAGUAGAUCCACCACUACUGCUACCCUUGUUGUUUUUGGUCCCAUGGGCUUGGAAGGCAUAUGCAAAGCUACCUGCCACUCCUAGACCCUCACCGAGAAAGAAGCUUCUUCUUGGCUCUAUUAUUUCUGCCCCAGUGUAUGUAACUAGUUAGCUAGGAUCCACUCAGUUCGUCAUCAUGCUUGUUCAGUGCCUACCUAUCCCUGUAAAAUGUACUAGUAACGAAAAUUAAUAGUCAUCUAUCAUUUCGUA